AUGUCCGAGAAGCUAUCUUCAUACGUUGGGUUGCAAAAGGAGCUGCUUGUUCUGGAGAGAGAGGCAGAAAAGGAGGAGGCAUCUCUCGCGACGGAGGGGGCCAAGCUUUCCGCUUUGCAAUCAUCCGGGCAAGCUAUUCUCCGCCUUUCUUUGAAGUCUGAGUCUUCCGAUGCCGGUGGAAGGCAGCAAAUAUGUCUCUCAACCAGCGGGGGCAGAGAAAUAUCUGCCGCGCGUAUCUCAUCGGGGGACAUCGUUGGCGUUCGACGUCAUGGAAAAAGUGACGGUGCAGGUGCAGCGGGGAUUGUGGAGGGAGUCGUGGUCAAGAUGGAAGAGACAACCAUCUCUAUUAGCCUCGACGAUGUUCUUCCCGAAGUUGAAGACCAUUCCGCCUUAUUUCUUGUCCUGAAGCUUACUUCUAACGUAACCCACAAGCGGUUUACAGCUGGGUUGGAAAAUCUGGAAAAAGCCUAUUCUGACCCAACGCACGUUUCGAACGCUCUACUUCGUGUCCUCUUGGGUGAGCGCACACCGCGGUUUACGGAAGAAAAAUCAUCUCUUGAUGAUACGGCACUCGCUGAGCUCAACAAGGAACAGCAAAGAGCUGUGCAAUGCGCAUUGGAUGCGAAGGAUCUUGCAGUAAUUCACGGUCCUCCCGGGACGGGGAAAACACAUACGCUUGUGGCCUACAUCUUGGCUGAAGUCGCGCGAGGAAACCGCGUCCUUGUCUCUGCCCCUUCCAAUGUCGCCGUAGACAACAUUGCGGAACGACUACCUCGAAGCGACCGCAAAAUAAAGUUUGUUCGAGCAGGGCAUCCUGCACGGAUUAUGCCAAGCGUCAUCGAACAUAGCUUGGAUGCGCUCCUCGCAAGGACUGAUGAGGCUGCACUAGCUAGAGAUAUCAGGAAGGAAUUGGAAGAGCUGCAGGCGUCAGUUGUGAAGACGAAACAUCGCGGAGAACGGAAAUCCCUGCGACUACAGCAAAGAGAAUUGCGGAAGGAUUUGCGGAAGCGGGAGCGGCUUGCGGUUCAGAGAUUGCUUGCAAGGGUCGAUGUCGUUCUUUCUACGAUCAGUGGAGCUGGAGCACGUGUGCUUGACAUUGCAGAAGGGUUGAAGCCUUUUGACGUUGUUGUUGUUGAUGAAGCCGCACAAGCACUUGAGGCUGCGUGCUGGGUACCACUACUGCGAGCGAAGAAAGCUGUACUGGCUGGGGACCCUUACCAGUUGGCCGGUACUGUAAAAUGUGCAGAAGCCGAGGCUCGCGGUCUGAAAACCAGUAUUCUGGACCGGGUAUUCUCCACUCCCGAGCUGCAGUCCGCGGUGGUCAUGCUGCGAACGCAAUACCGAAUGAACAGCGUCAUAUCGACUUGGAGCAGUGGUGAGUUCUACUCGGGCAAUCUCGUGGCCGAUUCAUCAGUUGCGAAUCAUCGUGUAGUGGAGAUAAAUGGCUGCAACGUUGAGGCAGACGAUGAUGAGAAUUUGGUAAAUCCCUUUAUCCUGAUCGACACUGCUGGAGGGGAUUGCGAGGAGGAUGACUUGUCGAAAGAAAUCAGCGAGGAUCCGUCCAACAAAGGAGAAGCCGCAAUCGUCUCCCAGGUCGUCGCGCAAUUCGUUCUGAACGGUGUCCCUAAGAAGGAUAUCGCCGUGAUUUCUCCGUAUUCCGGGCAAGUGGAGCUCUUACGGCGUGUCUUAUGGCCUGAACACGGUAGAAGCAUAGAGGUCGCCACAAUUGAUUCCUUUCAGGGCCGAGAGAAGGAAGUUGUUUGCAUGUCCCUUGUUCGAAGUAACGAGCGAGGAGACGUUGGUUUUUUGAAAGAUGAUAGGCGGCUGAAUGUGGCCAUAACUCGAGCACGCCGUUGCAUUUUGAUCGUAUGUGAUUCUGAAACAAUUUCCACUCAUCCCUUGCUCGAGCGAGUUGUCCAGUACUCUGAAAAUCAUGGACACUACAGGUCUGCAGUCGUUGACUUUCCUGACAUCGUCGGGACAUAUUCCCAGCAGAGAAGGCCAAAGGAGGCGAUUGAUGCCGAGGGCAGGCCUCAGGCCGUAAAGAAAGGCACGAAACGAGUUAAGGGUCCAAAAAAGAUCAUCAAAGCCAAAUCCAAGUCUAUCCCCAAACCAGCACCCGCAGAGUUGAAAGGAUGGUCUAGGACAACUACAGACUCUGAACGCGAUGAUCUACAGAGUCGCCUUCGUCAAGAAAUCGAGAGUUUUGCCAAGAACGAUUCCUUGGUCGAGAAAACGUACCCGCGCACACUGUCGUCCAUUGGCAGGCUUUUCGUUCACGAACUCUCCGAAGAGUUUAACUUAAAUCACAAAUCAGAGGACGUCGAGGGAUCGAGACAAAUUAAGGUUUGGAAAAAGGAUAGCAGGAGCCAGCGGCGCGGGGAUCAAUCGAAAGUAGUAGAGGAAGAUGGCGAAGGAGAGAGCAGACACGACCCAGGUCCGACACAAGGGGGAAUGUUUGAGCUCCUCGGAAACGAGUCUGAGGAUGAACAUGCUCAGGAGGGCGUUAGAAGUGAUGAUGCCCACGCACCCCAAACAUCAGAGUACGAAGACAUUAAUAGUUUGCUACGCAGAGUUGCUUUAGCAAAAGAGUCCAGAGACAUGGAGGCUGCGCCCGGACCUGCCGCUCAGCCAUCAGGUUCUGCGUCUGGUGCGGCAGUAUGGUGCCAAUCCGGCUAGAGGGAAAAGUGGAAAGACGGACCUUGUCCAGCAAAUUAUCGACGGCAAGAUUACGGUAUGUCCGCCCCGACCAUCAAAGGCGCACACUCAAGCGAAGCAGAGACUCGCAGCGAAAGUAUCUCAGGAGCAGGAGAAACGAACACGGAAGACCAAGAAAAAUUAACUGAACUGAAUCGCAUUAACUUGCUCCUGCAGUUACUUCCAUACAAUACUUUGAACGCCCAAAGUGUAUGCACCGCUGGCUCAUCUAGGACGGAGAGAGUGCUACACGGCAGGACUUUCGGUUUGAAUGGUGCAUUGUUUCGAGGGGACUAUCAUCUCCUGAUUUGGACAAAGCCAUGACAACAAUAUCAAUUGCACAUUUAUUCGAUUGCCUCUUGUGCCGCACCAAAUGAGGUCAUCGCUCAUGCCUGAAGGAAUCUGCCGUAGACGCGGCAUCCACAACACGGGGUCGCAGAGUAGGUGCUGGUACAUCUUCGGCAGCGAGUGUAACACGUGUGCGUUUCGGAUCUCAUGUUCAUUUUGUGCGCCAAGAUCACAGUGCUGGAGAUGAGAACUGUCUACGGAAAAGACGCGUCAUUUGGGUCAAUUGUUACGAUUGAUGGGCCAAUUGCCGAAAUUUUCUUCAUUCUAUCUAUGCACAUCCAGACUCAACGGCUCAACCUGGCCAGCCUUGCCCCACUUCAUGUACACUCUCUCUCUCCUUCACCUACGCCAUCACAUUCGCCCCGUGACAGUCUUGUAUCGACAGGGCGCCUCCAUUUACGUAGCUUCCCCAUUUAAACGACCUAGAGACUGAGCUACUUCAGCUGGUGGU